CAUGUGUAAAUGUUGCCGGGAUUGUCAGCUUUCAGUUGCAAUGAAGAAGUUCGCAAUAUGGAAUGUGAUCUUUGGCCUGCUCUCGAUGGAUUGGUCAUAUAGAUUAAUGACGACGUCAGGUGACUAUUUUUUUACUGCUGGAUGUGUGCAUAUGUCUGGAGCUGUUUUACUUAUAAUUUCGGGGAUAUUGGUCCGCGUUGGCAUAUCAAAGGUGAGAGGUGUUGCCUGUGCAGUGGCGCAAAUGGUGGCUUGGCUUAAUUACUACACAUUACCGUUUGUACUCGUAGAAAAAGAAGGCUGUCUACUGUAUAGGGCUAUGCUUGAGCAACGUUGGGCCAUGUAUCAUGAGCUACCUUAUAUUUCCGAUUGUCAUUCAGGUGGUACUGCUCAUACAGGGCAUGGGCUUAUACAAGAAGUGGAACGAAGAAAUAGUUGA